AUGGGAGCUCACAAAAGUAUCCAUGCAGGAAAAGCAAAGCUGGACAUUGGAGUUAAUUUCAUUCAAAAGUUAUGUAGUUAUUACAUGCUCUCCCCUCUCAGCAUAUGUAGUAGCCCGUUUUCUCUGGCUAGUGGCAGCCUUCGCUUGAAGCACCCUGACCUAGUUAGAAACAGUGAUAUGCUUGAUGUAUCGUGGCAAAAGGGGUUACAUGAUUCAAAUCUCUUGAUAGCUUAUAGGUACCCUAGACCUCUAUAUCAUGGUCACCAGUCUCUUACUAUUCAGCAUUCAGUUUCACCCGAGGUUAGUAUCCAUGGAAUUCCAAUUAACAAUUUCUCCCAUACCGCAAGUCAAGGUGUAAAAUUGUCAAAGUUGUCAAUUGGGAUGAAUAUGAAUGAGCCUUCUUCUAGCUCUAGUUGGAGAAACACAACAGGUGUAUACUUUAAGCAUAUUCACUUCAUAAAUGAUGGAGGUCGCUCUAUAAGCAGAGAUGUGGAUGGUUUUCCACUGACUUGCAGUGGAGAUCCAUUUGAUAAUAUGAUAGUGAUUAAUCAAGAAUCUAGAUUUGAAGAAGCAAAUGAUCGCGGUUUCACCCACUAUAGUUUCCAAAUGGAACAAGGGAUUCCACUUCCACCAAACUUGGUAACCUUCAAUCGGUUUAAAUUUUUUGCUUCCAGAGGAUUCAAACUUGGGCCUGCUUUUUUCUCCUCAUGGUUGACUGGUGGUUCAAUUGUGGGAUCCAUUGCUCCAUAUCAAGCAUUUGCAAUCGGUGGUCCUAGUAGUGUACGAGGCUAUGGUGAAGGUGCAGUUGGUUCUGGACAAUCAUGUGUGGUAUCUAACAGUGAAUUGGCAAUUCCAUUGAACAAGAAACUGACUGGUGUUAUCUUCCUGGACUGUGGAUCUGACCUGAGGAGCAGUAGUAGGGUUCCUGGAAAUCCAGGACUGAGACAGGGUAAACCAGGAACUGGGUUUGGAAUUGGGUAUGGCAUUCGGUUCAAUACCCAAUUGGCUCAAAUAAAAAUUGAUUAUGCCAUUAAUGCAUUUCAACAAAGAACUGCUUAUUUCGAAAUAAGCAAUACGAUUCUAUGA